GGCCGUGAGCCGCGCGCGCGUCGGGGUCAGCCCGGCGCGCUGAGGGCCUUGGUAGGGCAGGAAAUGUCAGGCCGUCCCCGCCCUGUGCCCGGUGUCCCGGGCCGGGUGCCUAACUGGCCAGCUGUUGGGUGGGCGCCCGGGGCAACUCAGAGCUGGGACGGCGAUGGCACCUGCCGUGUCAAGACUGCGGGCGGAAUCCCAGCUCGGGUCGCUUCCGCGGCGAGCGCUCGCCCAAUACUUGCUACUCCUAAAGCUCUAUCCGGUGUUCACCAAAGCAGUCAGCAGUGGCAUUUUGUCAGCCAUUGGGAACCUUCUGGCCCAGAUGAUUGAGAAGAAACAGAAAAAAGACCUUCCAAGUCUAGAUGUCAGCGGGCCUCUCCGAUAUUUAGUUUAUGGGUUCUUUGUCACAGGUCCACUGAGUCACUAUUUCUACCUCUUAAUGGAGUACUGGAUCCCUCCUGAGGUUCCUUUGGCCAUUGUCAAGAGGCUCCUGCUGGAUCGCCUGCUCUUUGCACCAACCUUUCUGCUGCUGUUCUUCCUCAUCAUGAACUUGUUGGAGGGGAAGGAUGUCAGUGCCUUUGCUGCCAAGAUGAGGAGUGGCUUCUGGCCUGCACUGCAAAUGAACUGGAGGAUGUGGACGCCCUUGCAGUUCAUUAACAUCAACUAUGUGCCCCUGCAGUUCCGGGUGCUCUUUGCCAACAUGGCAGCUCUGUUCUGGUAUGCCUACCUGGCCUCUCUGGGGAAGUGAUGUCAGAUACACCGUGGAUGAGAUCUGGGGGAAUCCACCCACCAGCAGGAGAGAUCCGAAUCCAUCAUUCAGAACAUCACCUGACUAAAUUAUGUGAUUCAAGAUGCCUUAAAAUUACAGAGGGAGGAAAUGUGUUAGUGUCAGCAUCUUGUGUUUAGAGAGACAACACCAGGCUCAGACAGUAGAUAAUCUUAGUUGUCACUGUAAAUAAAGUAAAGGUCAAUAAACAGUGAUGUAGCUGCUUCUA